CGCCGCCGCCGACCCCGCUACGACCGACCUUUCCGAGCCCAUUGCCAACUGUAGGCCUCCAUGAUGACAAUGAUCUCCUCGUCAAACCCAUAAGCCGGAUCCGGGUCGCACAGCCAUCAUGACGUCGCUACAGAAGCAACUUGCGGUCAUCGCCGCCUCGAGCACGCACCAGCUCGACCUGAAGGCGCAGAAGCUCGCCCACGGCAAAUCGCUGCUGUUCGAGCCCCGACAGGCCGCCAAUCAGUCAUUCGAGAACAUCUACCUUAUAUGCUAUGAGGGCUACCGCGAUCUAUGCGCGCUCGACCCGCGAUUUGUGCAGUUUUCGCGGAGCUUGUUCAGUGAACAGAGCAAGGUGGAAGACCGGACGCAGAUGACCAAGGCGGAGAAUGCAAAGCUAGAUGAAGUGCUCCAGGCUUUCAUUUGCAUGGUCGGGCCGCGACUAUUAUUAAAGCCUGCGGAAAAGGCGUUGGAAUGGCUUGUGAGAAGAUUCCGUGUACACGAAUACAAUACCGAAUGCCUCAUCCUCACAUACCUACCCUACCAUAAUACCCCGCAGUUCCUCGCUCUCCUAUCGAUAUUGCCUCCCAAUCCUCCGCUCACGCUGCGAUUUCUGCAUCCAUAUAUCCAAUCUCCCACGAAUCCGCCCAGGCAGACCAUAGUAUACACGGCAAUCAAUACCCCUGCCUUCUUCAAUGCUCUGCAGAACUAUGCCACGAAGGUGUUGGAGGGCGGUCAUCAGAGCUCUACUCUGUUGUCCUUCUGGUCAAGCAUUACAGCGCAAGCGAUCGACGGCAUACUAGAUCAGGGAAGCUCUGGAAGGAGGGAGAUCCAAGAUCAGAGAACGGAGGGCCUGCUACUGCGCGUUCUUCCAGUACUGAAUGCAUGCAUGAAGAGCGCCUACGGGGCGGAGGCCGUCAUAGCAUGUUACAUGAUCAUUAUCGGCUUGGUUACGAAGACCUCUUUCCAAGACAAGGUUCUGGACUCACUCAUGGAGGCUGCGAUCCUCAGUUCGGACAGCACCACGUUGGAAGAAUGUUUGACGUGUCUUGCCGUCAUAGCAGAGGAAAGAUCGAAAGUUGCACUUUCGCCCACGGUCGUGAAGAGGCUGCUCAGGAUUUCCGAUCUAACCCAGCGGCUGAUGACAGUCUCGAAGAAAUGCCUCGCGAACCGGCUCACUCUCGGCUACGCUCUGGGCGCUCUGGAGCGCACCGGCCAGUCUGAGGAGGCACUAGACGCUUUCCAGUCGAUUCUGGAGUCGAAUCUCCUCGACGAGCCACGCCUGUCCGUGGCGUUGUCCAGUUUCCUCCAACUGCUUUCGUCGAGAAAGCGUGGCUCUAUGGGGCACGGUCUACUGAUUGACUAUGCGUUGAAACUAAACGAGACACGCAAUGUCUCUAAAGUGCUACGGGAAGUAGCCAAGAAGGAUGGUACGGAUUUGGAAGCUCUUGGUCUCACGCUUGGGCAGUCCAUCUAUGCAGUCGAGGCCGACGCACAAGCUUCAGAAGAUGAGGAGAUGCUUGAUGCAGAUGGACUAGAGGAGAGCGGCGCUCCAGCAGCACAGCCGCCGAACAUCUUAGAAACGACCUUCCUCGAUCCAAAGGCCUCUGAGUCCUUCCUAGAGGUUCUCCCGCGCUUCGAACAGGCGGUCGCAUCAGACGAGGCGACCCGGUUCCUAAAGGCGGACAGUCUCCAGCAACCCGACGCAUUCCAGACUCCGCUAUUCCUGAGUUUCCUAAUACGUUCAUGGUGCAGCUCAGCCUCUGCCACUGCCCGUGCUGCUGCCCUUCGCCGAGCCACGAGUCUCAUCCAGAAAACCGACAUAUCAGUGGAUCUACAGAAUAUGAUUCCGUACCUACUGUAUGCGCUUGCUGAUCCCUCUGCAAUUACCCGUCGGUCUGCCGCAGCAUGUACUAUUGCGUUGUCCAGGAAGAUGAGUGCUACGAAGAACAAAGCACACACGGGCAUCUGGGCUUCGUCGGGGCUCUACGGAAAAGAGUCUUCGAAGAUUUCACCACUACACAAGGACCAGACUCAGGCUCUCCUCUCAGUCCUCGUUCCGAUGCUUGAAGAGUCCACCAUGGAUUCCAAUUAUGUCAUCACCGCAGUCCGAGAGAUACUGGAAGGAACGCAGUCGCCCAAGAACGCCAAAAAUGGCCUGAAAUCGUCGUUGCGGAGCCCAAUCCUGUCAUUUCUGGGAUGCCACGUCGCAGUUACUCCGCUGCUUACCGUUCGCCUUCGUCUUCUAUCUCUGUUUAACUUCCUCGGAAGGGCAUCGGCCGGCAUCCGAACCGGUACAAUUUUGCCGAUAGUACGAAAGUGGUGCUCAAUGCCAGCCAGCGAAGUUGCAGCGCAAUGCGAGAUUGAAAAGAUUGAUGCCACAGAGGUGGAUCGGAUACACCUCACCACGCUGAUGCCUAGGGAGGCUGAAAGCGUAAGCCUCCUCAAAGACAUCAUUACCGGUAAAUGCAGCAAAGACAGGAAGCAGCUCGUGGGCUUGGCAUUCGAUCGGCUCAGCGCCAUCUGGUCGAAACUGCGAUCUGACUCUCGAUUGACAUUAAGCGAACAAUUACUAGAACUGUCGUUAGCAGAGAUCAAGACUGAUUUCGACGAGUUGUGCCGUGGCCGGGCUCUGGACACCCUCCGUCAUGUGAAACUCGAUACCGCCACGCUUGUCGCCUUCCUCGACAGCGUACCGUCAUCGGUUCAGAUGCCAGAGGGACCUCCCGCGAAGAAGAGGAGACGAACUAGCCGCAGUGAGAUGGCACGAGUCGAGUUGCAGUCGCCUGAGGAGGUUUCACGCCUUCUCAGUAGGCUGACCCUGGUACUUGAGCUGAUUGAAGGCUCUAAACCGGCAGAACACCCAGUAUUGUUUAAGAACCUCUUUGCUGUAUUGGGCGAGUUGCAGCAACUAAAGCAGCAAUCAGGCUCAGAGCUAGUAUAUUUACAAAGCCUGAUCCUCAGCUCGCUAGCGCCUAUCGUAGAUCGCAUCAAGGACGAGAAAGACACAUCUGAAUACCAGGCUUCGAUACGUGCCGACCUCCUCAUUGAUUGCAUACGGCACUCCACUAGCCCACAAGUACAAACCGCCGCUCUGCUUUUGAUAACCUUAUUAGCCUCCUGGGUUCCCGAGUUAGUCCUACCCAAUCUGAUGCCCGUUUUCACCUUCGUUGGAUCGACAGUGCUGCGUCAGCAAGAUGACUACUCUGCCCACGUGGUCGAUCAGACCAUCUCGCGCGUGAUUCCCCCCUUGGCCGCUUCUCUACGAGCUAAAUAUAAGAACUUCUUAACGGGUGUUGCCGACCUACUCUUGAGCUUCACGGCGGCUUUCGAGCACAUUCCACCGCAUCGGCGACUGAAGAUCUUCUCCGAAUUAGCUAGGACGUUGGGUCCCGUGGACUCGCUUUCCGUGAUCAUCGCGCUUCUGGUCGAUCGAUAUUCAAACAGCAAGACGCAGAGCAGAUUUUCGACAGACUUGCUACUCGCGUUUGAUCCCAUUGUCGCUCUCGAAACCUUCAAAAGCUACCUAGCCCUCGUUGCAGAUGCGUCGGGGGACGGACGCAAGAUAUCAGACACUUUAUUUAGUCUGAACGAGAAGCAGCCAAACGAGGUCGAGAAUGCGUUAAACAGCCUCUUGUCCGCGAUAGCGGAUCUCUCCACUGACGAGAGGCUGAGGACCCACGUUAGCAGGGCGUUCCGUAAGAAAGCUGAGCCUGAACGACCUCGAACCGUCUUUGCGGCUAUAAUCGAAACAGUCAUCCAGAUCUCAAAGGAGGUGGUAGAGCGGCCUAAGGUCUACCAAUCCUGCAGCCGUGUGCUCGGUAAUUGUUUAGACCUUCUUCCAACUGCCGACCUGAUCAAGUCAGUCGAGCUGCUCCUCUCAAGCCCAGACCGCGAUGUUCAGAUUGCGGCGAUCAAGUCAGUCGAGGUACGAGCAGGUACCGUUACUCAGAAUGACCAAGAGUCGGUCACAGCUUUGUUAGCUUUCCUUCACACCCUCGACGAAGUCCUGCAACGGUCUCAACAAAUGGACGUUAAGCGUGUUACGCUUAGUUGCAUCGACAGUAUCAUCGGGAGGUUCGGGAAGAGAGAUACGACUACGGUCUCCGAAGUCGCCCGGACAAUCUCCGGUCCACAGUCACUGGCUAGCAGUGACGAUAGAGCCCGCAUCCUCUCGCUGCUAUGCCUCACGUCUAUCGUCGAUGUCCUCGAUGAUGAGGCAAUCUCACUACUGCCCACGGUCUUGCCCAUUGUCUUCGAAUAUCUUGGAACGGCCAUUGACCAGGAGAACACCGGUCUGCACAAUGCUGUUUACACGCUCAUCAGCAAUAUCGUGCUGCGGGUUGGUUUCAUGUUCUCGCGCGACUACCUAGUACCCAUUCUCAAGCUAUCGCAACGCUCAGCCGUCGGGGACCUGGACGAAGCAUGCGACGAGGAGAGACACCAAUUCUACGAAAGGGUAUCGCAGCACCUUGGAGCCCAAGAAGUCUUCACUGCGAUCAAAUCAACUUGGUCGGAUGCUACCGGCCGUGGUUUCGAGGCGUGCCAGGAACAGCUUGACCUCAUGCGCUCUACAAUUGGGAGCCAAACCAAGCCGAAGUUAAUCAAGGCUAGCUCCACGCUGUUCCCACUGCUUCUGGAUAUUUUCGGACUCAGGAGCGCUAUAACCUCGUCUGGCGAAGAGGAUUUCGACGAUGACGAAGUGGGGCAGCUAGAGGGCACCCUCAUCGAGGCUGUCAUAGCCAUGACGUUGAAGCUCAGCGAUGCUACUUUCCGACCUUUCUUCGUACAACUGGUCGACAAGGCGUCAUCGAAGUUGGAUAUUUCGCGUUCGAUUACGUUCUACAAGUUCCUCGCUGUCUUCUUCGACAAGUUCAAGUCUAUCGUCACAAGCUAUUCAAGCUAUGUCAUUGAGGAUGCAUCCAGCCUUCUGGAGUCCCUCGCGAAACAAGGAGGUAAUACAGCGCUGCGAGAGGCUGUGCUAGCCGCUCUCCAAAAGACCUUCCAGCACGACCAAGACGGGUUCUGGCAAGCGCCCUCACACUUCGGCGCAAUCAUGACGCCACUCCUUGCACAACUCACAAUCGACUCUUCAGAAGAAAUAACGGCAGACAUCAUCCCUGCCAUCACGGAGCUUGCAGCCGCGUCGUCGUCCUCAACGGACAACCACCGCGAGAUGAACACCGUGUUGCUAAACUACAUGCGCGCCGAGGAAGCGCAUACGCGCCUCGCUACAGUGAAGUGCGAGCAGAGUCUGACGAAGCGGCUGGGAGAGGAAUGGUUGGGCUUGCUGCCGGAGAUGCUGCCGUUUAUUAGCGAGUUGAGGGAGGAUGACGAUGAGAUGGUGGAGAGGGAGACGCAGAGGUGGAUUAGUAUGGUAGAGGAGAUUCUGGGCGAGGAUCUGGAUGCUAUGUUGCAGUAGAUAGGUAGGGUAGUGAAGGUCUAAACCUCCGGCAUGCAUCGGGUGCUAAUGCAUUUCUAGCUGCCCUAUUACCUCUCCACCUCCCGCAUCUCAACCUCUUCCUCUUCUCCCUCACUCACAACUCUAAACACAAAAGAUAAAACCCCCUCCCUCUACGCAUCCUCCCCACUCGGAAUCCUCAUCCCAUGGCAUCCCCGAUACGCACUAACACGCGGCUCCUCCCACCCCCUCAGCACACCCUCUCUCACGCCCUCACUAAUCUCCCACACCUCGACCUUAAUCGGACGACACGUGCUCUUCAUCCCCUUCCUCUCCUCCUCCUCAC